UUAGCGCACAGUGGGAGUGUUCCGCCUCAGUCAAGGGCUCCUUCUCCAACACUGCUGUCAUUUACAACCAGAAAACACACAAAGAAAGACGACUGGUGGGAGUGUAAAUCUGAGCGCGUGACAGUGCUGGAUGUGUGUGUGUGUCCGUGUUCAUGCUGUCUGUGGGUCGUCGGGUCUGAUCUCGGGCGCAGGUGGAUCAUUUACCGCAUUCAUCAGCGGAGCCUCGGACAUCAGCAUCAGCAUCAGUCGGUCUGAGUGUUGGUGAAGUGGCCUGAGUCGUGUGGAUCUUCUGCUCCCCUGUCCCAGGACCCUGAGCUCAGGCUGAAUAGCACCUCCGUCACCCCAGACUGGACCUCUGAGGCGUGGGACCCGGUCCAGGACCCCAGAGCCCCUCCGGCCCACGGGCACAGCGGCACUUUAGCACCGUCUGCCAGUCAUGAGUGAAUUCUGGUUGUGCUUCAACUGCUGUAUCGCCGAGCAGCCGCAGCCGAAGAGGCGGAGACGUAUAGAUCGGAGUAUGAUCGGCGAACCAACCAAUUUUGUCCACACGGCCCACGUAGGAUCUGGAGAUAUCUUCAGUGGCAUGAACUCUGUGAACUCAAUCCAGAACCAGAUGCAGUCUAAAGGAGGGUAUGAAGGAGAGGCCAUGUCUGUGAACGUGCAGAUGCAGCUGGUGGAUACAAAAGCAGGAUAAUGCGUGUUGCUGGCAGGGGUUCAGUGAUGAGUGAUUCCUGCUCCCGCUUCUCUCCAUGUGUGCUCGACGGCCGCUCCUCACCUCAUUACCCAGCAAACACAGGGACGGUGGUGAAGAGGGACGCCGCACGCCUCAUCUC